AUGUUGUAUCCAAACAAGCGAUCUAUAGGUCCCAGUACAUAUUGGACAGUUGAAGGUUACUGUAAUAAUGGAACUAUAUCAAUCGAUAACGUUUUUUUACCAGCUUGUAAGCUUGCACUCAUGAAUUAUGUCAAGAAGCUCGAGACUGCUUCUGAUCUGAAAGUUGUGCCCCAACAUGAGGACAACCCGUGGAACUACAAAAUAUACUCAAAGCUCUGCCGUCUUAUCAUGAAGAAAGUGGAUCGUGAUGUGGCAGAGCAGAUGGGCCAUGGUUGGGAUCAAGCAUUCGUCUUUCACGUUAAGGAUUGGACCCAAAAUGAUUUGUCGGUGGAAGAGGUCCAACAUACAAUGCCGUUUGUUUUACGAUUUUUGGAUAUAGUCGAGAAAGAAUUGAUUGUUGAUCAAGAAAUGGCUCUUUACGUGGAGAAAAAGCUGUUUACCACCCAAGAUCUCGAUAAACUCGCCAUUGAUAUAAAUACAGAGGCUAAAGCUGGAAAAGUUAGUUUACUUCUACAAAACUUCAAGCGAAAGGACAAGUGCAAGGGAUUGAACGAUGUAUAUCAGUAG